AUGGGCGUCAACUCGUCGUCCCGGCAGGACGCGAGCAUGCUGUCGGAUGAGGAUGUAAACUUUGACCACUUCCAAAUACUGCGCAACAUCGGCAAGGGCAGCUUUGGCAAGGUGUGCAUCGUGCAGAAGAAGGACAGCGGCAACCUCUUCGCAAUGAAGUACGUCAGCCGAAACGUGUGCAUCGGCCGGGGUGCUCUUGGCGGCGUGUUGAAAGAGGUGGAACUGCUCGCCUCGCUCGAGCAUCCUUUCCUGGUUAACCUCUGGUUCUCCUUCCAAGACGAGGAGGAUUUGUUUAUGGUCUGUGAUUUGUUGGCCGGUGGCGACCUGCGGUAUCAUUUGCAGCACCAGGUGGAGUUCUCCGAGGCCGGCGUAGGUUUGCUGGUGUGCGAGCUUGGUUCAGCGCUGGACUACCUGCAGAAGCAGCGCGUCGUGCACAGAGACAUCAAACCGGACAACAUACUGCUGGAUGAGGAAGGACAUGCGCAUCUGACGGACUUCAACAUCGCCACUCGCCUACCCCCGGACGGGCUCGCCUGCAGCAUGUCCGGCACCAAGCCGUACAUGGCUCCGGAAGUAUUUAUGUGUGCCUUAGAAGAAAUCGCCGGCUACAGCUAUCCGGUCGACUGGUGGAGUCUCGGUGUUGUUGCGUACGAAUUGCGGUGUGGAGCACGUCCGUUCGUCGUGCACUCAUCAACACCCCUCGCUGAGGUGAAAAACAUCCUCAACACGCAACCGCACUUCCCGCGUCAUUGGGGUGAUAAUUUCGUCGAUUUGCUCGCAAAGCUGUUGAACGUACAUCCAGGGGCACGCAUCAGCACGCUUAAAGAGCUUCACCUGACGAAGUUACUGCGCGGCACUGACUUCGAGCGGGUGCUUGCCAAGCGCACUAACCCACCGUUUAAACCAUCGAAGGAUCAUCUCAACUGCGACCCAAGCCUCGAGCUGGAGGAGAUGAUCGUUGAGACGAAACCCCUGCAUAAGAAGAAGAAGCGGCUGGCGAAGCAGCGCUCAGUACACAAGGAGAACCACGACCAACUGCACAGCCCACUCGACGCGCAGCUUCUGAAAGAGUUCCUCGUGUACAACCGCUAUAAAGAGCUGAAGCGUAAAGCGAUGGAAGCGAAGGAGUCGGAAUGGCAGCAAGAGCUCGAUCAGGCGAUGGCCAACUCGCACGUGUCAGGUCCUCCAGCAGAUCCUGCUGAUCGUCUAGCCACGAUCAGUGAGCGUCCAGAGCAAGCCAGCACAAGCCGACCUACGGUGCCAGUUCCCGUGCCAGGACCUGCAGACAGUCUCGACUACAUCGACCGGACGCCAUCACCUAAAGGCAGUAUCUAGCAGCGCCCAUCCGGGUCCGGUGAGACCUGCCACAUCGCCUGAGCGAGGCGCCUUGUGAUACCGGCACCGACCAUAUAGGCCACAAGCCUGCGCCUGGUCGCCGACAUCUCGCGCGGAAGGCAAUCAUUUAUCAUCGCUCCUGCGAGCGUGCGAGUUGUCGCCGCGGUGGAGCUAAACUACCACAACCGGUUGGUAGCUGCAGUAGUUCCGGUGCAUCUAUCUACUGCUGUACUGCUCUCUCUUUCUCGCUCGUUGUGCCGUGGGUCGACGCAUCGACGGUCGACACACCAGUCAAUUUUCGCACAUACACGGUGGCGUAAUUUAUCGCACAUACAGAGGGUACGUACUCGCUUAAUGACUUGCCGGUGGCUGAACCUCACCCCCAAACGCUUACUCGUGCUUCUGUACCGGAGACGGUGAAUAAAUCAACCGGUCGUCAGGCCCAUCCCACCAUUCUAGCGUUCCGCCAGAGCAGAAAGCGGUCCCAUUCGAUUAGAAAAAGAAAACGAACUAGACAUGUAUGUUAGUCUGUGAAACGCUGUGAAAUAAACA